AUGAUGUCCUUCCCCAUGGCUGGUUAUCCGCCUUUUUACCCUGUUCAUGCAUAUAUGCCUCCUUCAUACAUAGCAGCUCCUAUUCCCCCGUCAACCCCUAUAUCUACUCUUGCCCUCGAUAAUCACUGGGUCGAGCACACUGCCCAAGAUGGGAGGAAAUAUUACUAUAAUAAUUCAACAAAGCAGACAAGCUGGGAAAAGCCAGAAGAGUUAAAGACAGCCUCAGAAAAGAUACUUGAUGCAUGUCCUUGGAAAGAAUUUAAAUCGGAAAACGGGAGAACCUACUUCUAUAACACCAUAACUAAGCAAUCAAUUUGGGUCAAACCUCACGAACUUGCUGAUGCCGAAAAUAAGGCUGCCGAAUUGAAUAACACUCUCACAGUAGUCUCUGCGCCUGCAAAAUACAAUAUAACUGCGCCGAUUACACCAUUAACGCCAAAGGACACAUCAGCUAGACCUUCUGAGCCUUCCGAAAUAGAACUUGCAAUGAAGGCUACCCUUGCAUCAAUUGAAGCUGAAUCGCAAUCCCAGGAUUCAACCCAGAUUCCGCUACCCUUGAAUGAGCCUGUCGCCUCAUCCAAAGAGGACGAAGACGAAGAAGAGGAGGAGGAAGGUCAGGUCUUGGAGGAAAAUAAAGUGCCCGAAUAUAAAACACGGGGUGAAAUGGCGGAGGGCUUGCGCACUCUAUUCAGAGAUAAAAAUAUCCCAGGAAAUUCAACCUGGGAACAAGCAUUAAGGCUUAUAUCAGAUGAUCCCAGAUACGCUGUUCUUAGAACAUUUAGUGAAAAGAAGCAGAUAUUCAAUGUUUAUAAAACUCAAAAGCAAAAAGAAGAACGAGAAGAACAAAGAUUGAAGGCAAAAAAGGCUAAAGAGGAUUUGGAAAAAUUUUUACUUCAAUGUCCUAAAAUACAUUCAACUCUAUCAUACAUGAAAAUAAACAAUUUGUUAUCUGAUGCGUCCGAGUGGGCUGCGGUUCCCGAGCGCGACAAGCGUGAGAUUUAUGAGGACGUCGUUCAAGAGGUUGCAAAGCGUGAAAAAGAAGAGGCAAAAUCUUUAAGAAAGCGUAACAUUGUCGUUUUUAAGGAGAUCCUUGAGACUAUGCCUGAUCUUACAUAUCAAACAACAUGGAGCGAGGCACAACAGCUUCUUCUUGAGAAUACUAAAUUUACAUCUGAUGCUGAGCUUCAGUCUUUAGACAAAGAAGAUGCUCUCAUAUGCUUCGAAGAGCAUAUUCGGCUAUUGGAGCAAGAACAUGACGAAGAAAAGGAACGUGAGCGACGUCGACAGAAGAGGUUGCAAAGGAAACAUCGGGAGGCAUUCCUUGUAUUGUUGAAUGAACUUCAUAAGCACCAAAAGUUGACAUCUAUUUCUCUAUGGAAAGAUUUGUUCUACGUCAUCAAUCGGGAUGAGCGUUUCGAUAAAAUGCUUGCUCAACGCGGUUCUACCCCUCUAGAUCUAUUCAAAUUUUACGUUGAGUCGCUUAAGGCCCGUCUUCCUGCUGAAAAAAAAAUUAUUAAAGAGAUUCUUAAAGACCGUGGAAUCACUGUAGAAUUGUCCACCAGUUUUGAUAACUUCAUGGAGAUUAUUCAAUCUGACUUGCGAAGUGAAGGAAUUGACUUCGGUAAUGCUCGACUAACCUAUGAAAGCUUAAUAGAAAAGGCCCGCGGUCGAGAACGCGAACGCCAGCGUGAAGACGCCAGACGAUUGAAGAGAUUAGAGCAGGCGUUCUGUGACAUGCUUCGAGCUGCAUCCGAUCCGCCUGUUCGUGUGAAUAGUCCCUGGGAGGAGAUUAGAGAUCGUUUCCAAGCCCAUCCCUCUUAUCAGGUUUGUAUUCCUCUCGUUUUCAUUGAUACUCUAAAUUCAUUCCUAUCGUAA